UUCUCAGCGACUCUUCGACGAUGGCGGCCUCGGCCUGCCUUGGCCGAGCCCCUCCGCCGGGGCCGCUGCUCGUCCUCCUCCUUCUGGUCUCGGGGUUUCUAUUGGCGGGCCUAGCCGAGGCUUACAAGCUGAACGCCCCCAAAGUCUUGCUGCCUUUUAGCCAGGAGAAGCGCGUGCCCUUCGUCCUCGGCGCUGAAGGCGGCUGUUACUCCUGGUACUCCACCCGGCAUGAAGCGGUCACCAUUGAGCCGAUGUACGAGAAUGGCACUUCUUGCUCGCAGAAAGCCCUACUCACCACUCGCUCCUCACAGGCCACCAAGCUAGCCAGCGUGAUCAUAGCGGAGGAGACAGUGACUGGCCAUUUGCUCCGCUGUGACAUCAUUGUGGAUCUCAUCAACCGUGUUGAAAUCAUCUCCCGAACCCGUGAGAUUUAUGUCGCAGACUCCCCACUCGAGCUGAGCGUAAGAGCUCUGGACGUUGAAGGGAACACAUUCAGUAGCUUGGAAGGGAUGGAAUUUGAGUGGAGCAUCGCCAAGGACGAUGAAAUGGAAAACUUGGAGCUGUCCAGCAAAAUUAGGAUCUUGAAAUACUCUGAAGCAGAAUAUUCCCCGCCAGAUUAUAUUGUAGAGAUGGAAAGAGAGGAGAAACAAGGAGAUCGGAUUCUGGUGUCAGGAAUCAGAACAGGUGCCGCAGUCAUCAAGGUCCGAAUACUGGAGCCUAUUUACAAGAAAGUAGCUGCUGCCUUGGUGCGCCUGUUGGUUUUGGAGAACAUCUUCUUAAUACCUUCUUAUGAUGUCUAUCUGCUGGUUGGAGCCUACAUCAAGUACAAAGUUGGCAAAAUAAUUCAGGGAAAGAUCACAGAAGUGGACCUGCCUCUGGAACAUUAUACACUUGAACUGCGGGAUGAAGUGAAGGCACUCAAUGACUCUUAUGACCUCCCAGUGGCCAGACUGGAUGCAAAUACCGCAACUGUCACUGCUGUGCAACUGGGACAGGUGACUCUUGUCUUCAUCCACAAAAAUAUCCACAUGCGAGCUUCAUCUGGACUUCCCAACUGCAGCAUCUAUGUGGUAGAACCUGGAUAUUUAGGUUUCACUGUGCAGCCUGGAAAUAGGUGGAUACUAGAAGUGAAGCGAAUCUACACCAUCACGGUUGAAAUAUAUGAUAAAUCGAGCACUAAAGUAUACCCGUCCGAUAAUCUCCGAAUAACUCACCAAUUUUCCAAGACAUAUUUUGCGGAGUUGGCAUCUUCAGCAAAUGGAUCCUAUCAUAUCGUCCAGGUCCUGAAGGAUGGCGUCACUGUAAUUAAAGCCACCCUGAUAUCUAUACUCCUCCAGAGUGGCUCAGAAGAUUUCUUAGUUUCUCCCAUCAGCCAUGAACAAGAUGUGAAGAUCUUCCUUCCCAUCAUAUUGACGCCUUCCUACUUGGCCUUCCCACACCAUCCUCUGGAUGUCUUGUACCGCUAUAGGGUUCAGGUGGAAGGCGGCAGUGGCAAUUUCACCUGGACCUCUUCCAACCAGACCGUGGCCACCAUCACUGUGAAAGGAAUGGUCACAGCUGGACAGAUCGAGGGGCAAAGUGCCAUCCAAGCCAGAGAUGUGCAGAAUCCCUUCCAUUUUGGAGAAAUACAGGUAUAUGUGCUAAAGCUCUCCAAGAUGGAGUUCCUACCAUUCCAUGCAGAUGCUGAGAUUGGACAGAUCUUGGAAGUUCCUCUCAUGAUGUAUCACAUUGAAAAGAAUACAGGAGAGACCAUUGGUUUUACUGACUGCUCCCUCUUACCCUUGGAUGUCAAUAUGGACAAGCAAGGAGUAUUCACUUUGGAUGAAGAGGGUAAGCAGAAAGCUGGCCCAACCUUCUGCUCCAGCAUCUAUCUGGCAGCAAAGUCUCUGGGACAUACCUUGGUGACAGCCAGUGCCACCAUCUUCGAGAUAUAUUUUGAAACCAGUGCCACCUUUGCCGCUUAUGAACCUCUCAAGGCUGUGAAUCCCGUGGAGGUGGCUUUGGUGACCUGGCAUUCCAUGAAGGAGAUGUUGUUCGAAGGAGGACCUGGUCCAUGGGUUUUGGAGCCGUCUCGCUUCUUCUUGGGACUUCAAGUAGAGCACAAGAACAAAGUCCAUGUGGUGGAAGUUCGGUUACCCACCAAGAGGAAUCAACACCAGUACAUUUACCAGGUCAAAUGUCUGGAGCUGGGGGAACAGGUGUUCACGUUCCAAGUGGGCAAUCAUCCAGGUGUGCUGAACCCCAGUCCAGCUGUGGAAAUGGUGCAGGUGAGGUUCAUCUGUGCCCACCCUGCAAGCAUGACUGUGACACCUGUGUAUGAGCUGGCAGCUGGUGCUCCGCCUUGCCCCUUGCCUCAACACCACAAGCAGCUGGUCCCUGUGUCCAGUCUGAGGAACACUGUUUUGGAACUAGCUUUGUUCGACCAGCACCGGCGGAAGUUUGACAACUUCUCCUCUUUGAUCCUGGAAUGGAUAUCAGCCAAUGAAACCCUUGCUUACUUUGGUCACAAAAGUUCUAUGCAGAUGGUACCAAAGGAAGACGGGACCGGACAGACCAGGCUCCAUGGGCACCAGCUCCUAGAAGUCCGUCAGAUCAAAGGGACAGUUUUGGUUACAGUCAACUUUGUGAGAUACUCUGAGAGAGGCAGCCCAAAAGAUGUCUCUAAGUCUCCCAUCUCCGUAGCUGUGGAACUGAUGCUGGUUGAAGAUGUAACCGUGGUUCCGGAUAAUGUCACCAUUUACAACCAUCCAGACGUCACGGAAGUGUUUGCGCUGGUGGAAGGGUCUGGCUACUUCCUAGUGAACAACAGUGGUGAGGAAAUGGUGAACGUUACCUACCUGGAGACAGAGAGCACCAUCCAAGUCGUUCCCGUAAUCCCUGGUUCAUUGAUCCUGGAGAUCUAUGAUCUGUGCCUGGCUUUCCUGGGACCAACUGCAGCCUACCUCAGAGUAUCUAAUAUGUACGAGUUAGAAGUGGACCUCGUUGAUAAGAUUGAGAUUGGCAAAUCAGUGCUGGCUUCUGUGCGUGUCUUGGGACAUCAUCGGCUUCCUUUUCGGAGUAAAUACUUCCGCUACAUGCAGCUGCAGCUGAAGGCAGCUUCUUCUAUUGUUACACUUACGAGGAACUUCCUGACAGUGAUGUCCGAGGGUGGCCCACAACCACAGUCCCUCAUUCACUUCUCCAUCAGCAACCAUGCUGUGGCCACCAUUAAUGGACUGGGGCAGGUCACAGCCAAGGCCGUGGGCAAAGCCAUCAUCCUAGGGACCAUUCAAACUGUCAACGAAGACACAGGAAAAGUCAUUGUCUUCUCACAGGACCAAGUGGACUUGGAAGUUGUUCAGUUGAAAGCAAUACGAAUUCACGCUCCUGCCACCAGGCUCAUAACAGGCACAAAGAUGCCUGUUUAUGUCAUUGGACUGACCAACACUCUGACACCUUUCUCCUUUGGAAAUGCCAACCCAGCUCUCACGUUCCACUGGGCAAUGAGCAAACGGGACGUCCUGAACCUCCUUCCUAGACACUCAGAGGUUUUCCUGCAGAUUGCUCCAGAAAGUAACUUUGCAAUGGUCUUGCACACAAAGGCAGCUGGGAGAACAAGCAUUCGAGUGACAGUGCAAACGUUGGACCCGUCUGCUGGGCAGUUUGAAGGAAAAGUUGCUGAGCUCUCGGAUGAAGUGCAAAUAUUAGUCUUUGAUAAGCUCCAACUCUUCUGUCCAGAGUGUCUCGCAGAGCAAAUCCUGAUGUCUAUGAAUUCAGAGCUCAAGCUGCUUACAAACAGGGAUGGUUCAGCUUUUGUGAACACCCAGCUCCUGCAAUGCUUCCCCAACUCCUCUGUCAUUGAGGAAAGCAGGCAUGGCCUUCUCAAGUCAGGUACUGUGUCAGGCACAGCAGUACUGGAGGUGACCUCUUGGGAACCCUUCGGAGUCAACCAGACGAUCAUCACUGGAGUGCGGGUGGCUCCAGUGUCCUACCUGCAGAUGAGCAGCACUCCCAAACUCUACACAGCCAACAGGAUGCCCCUCCAUGCUUUUCCCUUGGGCAUGUCACUAACUCUCACUAUUCAGUUCUACGACAGCAUUGGUGAGAGGUUUCAUGCACAGAGCACCCAGCUUUACCUGGCCUUGAACAGAGAUGACCUGCUGCUCAUCCGGCCAAGCACCAAGAAUUACACUUACGUUGCCCAAGCCGUGAACAAGGGGGUGACCCUGAUAGGCAUCUGGGAUGAGAAACACCCAGGCAUGGCGGACUAUAUCCCAGUCCCAGUGGAACAUGCCAUUGAGCCAGAUGUCUCUGAAUCGCUUGUCAUAGGGGAUGUGGUGUGUUUCAGCACACUCCUUGUCAACCAGGAAGGGGAGCCUGGGACAUGGCAGGUCAUGCCUAGCGACAUCCUUGAAAUGGACACAGUGAGUGGGGCAGCAUUUGCAAAGGGUCCAGGGAAAACGACAGUCUUCCAUGACAUCCCAGGCAUCGUGAAAACCUACAGAGAGGUUGUUAUCAGUGACAGCUCAGGACUAAGCCUUCACCUUGGUCCCAAAAAGUGCUUAACCAAUGCUCCAAAUGUUUCUGAAUUCCGGCUUUUUAUGACCACAAACAGCACAGCAAUGCUAAAAGGCCUUUGCAGUUCGGCACAGCUUCAUGCCAUCACAGAUGUACUGUCCCCAGAAUCUCAUCUGGUCUGCCAAGUGAAGUUCAGCGAAACCAUCCCAGACAUUCCAGCACACAAGAUCUUUCACGUUCAGUCUGCAUUCUACACUGAUAAAGGUCUCUAUGCCUGCAUAGUCAAGGUGAAAGCCCAGACUGAAGAUGACCUGCUGGCUCUGAGCACUGCUGAAGGCUCAGUGUAUGUGACCGUCUCUCUCCUCAGCAAGCAGGGCCAAGACCAAACCCAGACAGUCUUGGUUCCCUUCUUGCCCGCCUUUUACAUCAACCAGUCUGAAGUAGUCUUCAGCAGCAAGCAGCUGAGCAACGAAAUUGUAGUGAUGGGAUCAAGGGAAGUGAUUGAAAAUAUACAAGCUCAUCCCAGCUCCCCUGUGAUAAAGAUGGAGCCACCCCUGUAUCUUCCAGACAUGCCUGGACUUGCCUUCUCUCUUUACGUGGUAAACCUGAGCUCUCUCCACGAGAUGGCGGCACCCGUCUUUGUCAACCUCUCCUGCAUCUUAACAGGCCAGAGGGCGGCUGUGUUGGUGCGGGCUUGGCCAGAAAAGCAUCUAUUUGACCAAUGUGCAGAAGCAGGCCUUGUCAAGCAGCUCGUGGGCUCCUAUCAGGUCCUCUUUUUCACCAUCUUUGCUGUCCUGGCAUCCACAAUGGCCAUUUUUCUCGCCUACAAUGCCUUCUUGGACAGAGCGCACACAGUCCCUGUUGUCUACGUUCCCACAGCAAACACAAUGCAGCCAGGCUAUAUGUCGCCUCCUCCAAGUGCUCAGCAUUAUUCCAGUGUAAGAAACAGGACCCAGGCAUGGCUUUGGAGUGUACGAAGAUAACUAGCACCCAAGGAAGCGCCUCUCGGAGCAAUGUGGAAAGAGUAAACUGGUGACA